AUGGAGAAAAGUUGUAUGUUUCUAUUUUCAAUAUUAGUUCUUAGUGAUGCAUUUUUGCUGUCUGACAUCAUUGAUUGGAACUCGUUUAAGGAGGAACAUUCCAAGCACUAUGACUCACUUGCCGAUGAGAUACACCACUUUCGAAUUUUCGUUGAACACAAACACCAAAUCGAUGAACACAAUCUGCACUAUGAGAAUGGAAUCGCCCAUUUUAAAAUGGGCCUUAAUAAGUACAGCGAUUUGAGCCAUGAAGAUAUCCUUAAAAUGCGGCAUGGAUACAGAUCCGAUCUGGAUAUAAUCGACGAUGGUGAGGAAUCAAUACCUUAUGUUGGACCAGCCGAUAUAAGUCUUCCAAAAGCAGUAGACUGGCGUAACAAAGGAGCUGUCACCGAAGUAAAAGAUCAGAAACAGUGUGGUUCCUGCUGGGCUUUUGCUAGUGUAGGUGCUAUUGAGUCUCAUUAUUUUAUCAAAACGGGCCAUUUGCUGUCGUUAUCGGAACAGAAUCUAGUUGAUUGUUCGCAAUCGUAUGGAAACCUUGGUUGUGAUGGCGGUUUGGCUGUUGAUGCUUUCAAAUACAUUAUUGAUCAUGGUAUUGAUGCUGAGACAAGUUAUCCCUACAGUGGCAACGAACUUUCU